UUAGCGAAGCAGACCAGAAUAACAAAUACAACAAACAAGAAAAUAAUAUAAUACCAAUGAACGAGCUUGAAGUACAGUUAGCAAGUACUUAUACAGUAGCAACUAUGUCUUCUAAAACAAAAAAUCUAGAAUACAACACAGAGACAAUA